GUUAGGUUGUCAGGGGCUUCUUAUAUCUGGAGGAUUUGGAGUACACGCCCCUUUUUGGAGCAAUGCAUGCAGCUAUACUCUUCUCCGCGCAACAGCUACUACUGUCCCGCACGUGAUCUCCAUGGAAACGUCAUCAAGCAGGAGAAGUCUUCCUGUUGCUGUAGUUUUGAUCUAGCUGAGCAUGGCAACAAAGGUAAUGGUAAAGAGGGCUGAUCCAGCAGAGCUCAAGUCCAUUUUCCUGAAGUAUGCCAGUGUGGAGAGAAAUGGAGAGCGCUACAUGUCCCCAGAGGACUUUUUGUCCAAGUUUCUCCAUGCACAAACAGACAUACGACUGUCCAAGGAGGCUACAGUCCUACUGGCAGGUGUUGUGGACCAGACCAAAGAUGGGUUGAUCUCCUUUCCAGAGUUUUUGGCCUUUGAGUCUGUGCUGUGCGCUCCAGAUGCUCUGUUCAUGGUCGCUUUCCAGCUUUUCGACAAAACCGGAAAUGGAGUUGCUACUUUUGAGGAUGUGAAACAAGUUUUUGGUCAGACUACUAUUCACCAGCACAUCACCUUUAACUGGGACUCGGAGUUUAUUCAGCUUCACUUUGGCGCAGAGAGGAAGAAACACCUAAACUAUGUGGAGUUCACUCAGUUUCUGCUGGAGAUGCAGUUUGAACAUGCCAGACAGGCUUUUGUGCAAAGAGACAAGGCCAGGACGGGCACCAUCACGGCUCUGGACUUCAGGGACAUUAUGGUGACGAUCAGACCCCACAUGCUCACACCAUUUGUGGAGGAAUGCUUAGUGGCAGUGGCCGGUGGAGGUACGUCACAUCAGGUCAGCUUUUCCUACUUUAAUGGCUUCAACUCUCUGCUAAACAACAUGGAGCUCAUUAGGAAGAUCUACACCACCCUGGCAGGCAACCGCAGAGAUGUGGAAGUUACUAAAGAGGAGUUCAUCGUUGCUGCCCAGAGGUUUGGCCAGGUGACCCCCAUGGAAGUGGAUAUCCUGUUCCAACUGGCUGACCUGUCUGAGCCGAGAGGACGUGUUGGUUCCGUUGACAUUGAGAAGAUUGCACCUCUGGAGGAGGGAGCCCUUCCUUACAACCUUGCUGAGAUUCAAAGACAGCAGUCUGGUGGGGACGUGUCUCGCUCUGUUCUGAUUCAGGUCGCAGAGUCUGCAUACAGGUUCACCCUGGGGUCUGUGGCUGGAGCCGUGGGCGCCACUGCCGUGUACCCCAUCGACUUGGUGAAGACCCGCAUGCAGAACCAGCGAUCUACGGGUUCCUUCAUAGACGAGCUUAUGUACAAGAACAGCUUUGACUGCUUCAAGAAGGUGGUGCGCUAUGAGGGCUUCUUUGGCCUCUACAGAGGCCUCGUACCGCAGCUUCUGGGCGUGGCUCCUGAGAAAGCUAUAAAGCUUACAGUGAACGACUUUGUGAGAGGAAAGACUAUGCAAAAUGACGGCACUGUUCCUCUAGCUUCUGAAAUCCUGGCUGGCGGAUGUGCUGGUGGAUCACAGGUGAUCUUCACGAACCCCCUGGAGAUCGUGAAAAUCCGGCUGCAGGUGGCAGGAGAGAUCACCACAGGGCCACGCGUCAGUGCUCUCUCUGUCAUCCGUGACCUGGGCUUUUUCGGCCUAUACAAGGGUGCAAAAGCCUGUUUCCUGAGAGACAUCCCUUUCUCAGCCAUCUAUUUCCCCUGCUACGCUCACACCAAGGCAGCUCUGACUGACGAGGAGGGGCGAGUGGGACCUGGCAGGCUUUUGCUGGCAGGGGCGCUGGCGGGCAUGCCUGCAGCAUCCCUGGUGACCCCUGCCGAUGUUAUCAAGACCCGGUUACAAGUGGCUGCCCGUGCAGGCCAGACCACAUACAAUGGACUCAUUGACUGUUUCUGGAAGAUUCUCCGGGAGGAGGGGCCUCGUGCCUUUUGGAAAGGAGCUGGAGCACGUGUGUUUCGCUCUUCGCCACAGUUUGGAGUAACACUGGUGACCUAUGAGCUGCUGCAGAGGUGGUUCUACAUAGACUUCGGUGGACAAAAACCAGCUGGCUCUGAGCCUACUCCCAAGUCUCGGAUCAGCCUCCCGGCGCCAAAUCCUGACCACAUUGGUGGCUUCAGGUUGGCCGUGGCCACGUUUGCUGGCAUUGAGAGUAAAUUUGGACUGCAUCUACCACGAUUCCAAGUGACUGCUGCCCCCAAAUCACACCACGCUUGAGGCUUAUGCGUCAACCUGGAUGUGCUGUUUCCAAGUGUUAGGCUGCACUGGAACAAACAUACAUUUAUGAAUCUCUUUCUUCUUAUUGAGAACAUAAAACCUUCAGCAGAUGAACUGGAAACUAUGUUUUAUGUUAUUAUUAGUGCAAAUUACAGCUUUUCUUUAACCCUUUAAGCUUGGAUGGGCCCGCGAGGAAAAAAAAAAAAACAUUCGUCAAAAUAUUAGCAACUACAGUCUUGACCAACACAAAAUAGGUAUUGUUUUAAAGCUUAGAAGCUCUACUUUACAAUGCAGGUAGGCAUUAUGACCAAAACUGAACAAGUGCUUUGAAUUUUGCAGACAAAUCAGAAGUGUUCCGUUUUUAUAUAUAUAUAUAUAUAUAUAUAUAUAUAUAUAUAUAUAUAUAUAUAUAUAUAUAUAUAUAUAAAAAUUGCACUGUACAUUUUAUUGCAAUCAGUAAAAACAUUAAACUGUUCAAAUAGCCAUGUGUCAUAUGUUGUUGGAAAGCUCUCAAAGAGGAGAAUACAACCAGCCUAUUUGUUCUACUCACAGACAAAGAUUUAGUGAGUAAUAUAUAAGUAUAUGCCAUUGACAAUUACGUUGGUGUUACUUGUAUGCCGCAUUUUUGCAUAGAACUUCACGAAAAUAAAUGGAACAUAAAAUAUCACAUACCAUUAUUUAAAGGAUUUUCUUUCAAAGGAGCCCAAACACAAGGUAAUCAGAUGCAUAGAUCAUUAGAUAAUCCACAAGAAGCACAACGUUACAAAUGGCCACCAGGAGAUGGCGCCAAGUAAAUAACACAGACUCGAUGCAGACUCAUUAUGUCAAAAGGCACUCGUUCUGUGAAAUCUCAUUACUAAAAUCAUGUAUCCAUGCUAUGCAUACCUUUAGUCAUUGUUGUGUUUGCAUGUGUAAUUAGGUCUUAUGUAAAAUUAUCUUUUAUUUGUUUGGAGAGGCUUUUGGACAUGUGCGGAUGUUUUUGCAUACUAUGCUGAAUUAUUUUUGUAAUGCUAUAACUUUUGAUUGAUUUGUCGUAUCAACACAAAAUUUUACUCAGUUACUGUUGACAUGAUUAGGAACAAAACAAAAGCCGUUUUUUGGAGCCACCUUAUUUUCACCCAGAAAUAUAUAAUGUCAAAUAAGAAAAAAAUUGUUUUGGCUCAAUAGUUUUGUCUCAGAAUUGAUCAUAAUCUAGAUCAUUAAAAAAAAUGAUAUCAAGCACUUUACUCUCCUUUUUUUUUGUUUUUUUUUUUUUUUUGCCUUUAAUUUAUUUUGGCUCUGCCACUGAAACAGGAAAUCUUUAAAAACACCUUCAGAGCUUAAAGAGUUAAAGUGCAAAAUAAAUGGGAUGAUGUUUAAUAUUUUUUAAAUCUACCACAAAGUUAUGGAUUGUUUCGUGGAAUUGUAGUGUGACUUUCAUUUAUUUAAAAUGUAAAUCAAAUAAUAUAUUUUAUGUUUUUGGUUGUUUAUAAUGAUUUUCUCUUUACCUUAAAGUAAAUUUGGUGUACCUAAAACUGUUAAUGCAAACCAGUUAGAGAAUAUUUUAUUGAUUAUGUGGACACUCUUUACCUUUGAAUGUAUUAUACUGUAGUUUUUCAUGUUCAUGUUUGCAUCAUUUAAUGAGGCAAAUAAAUUUUAGGAUUUGUAACAGUAAUUUAAUGGUUUGUGCAAAAUGAGAGACAGUCAGGUUUUGCAGGUAACAUACUGUAUGUCAGUCUAAGGUUACUGUAUUUAGCAAGUGAAUGAUGUUAAGACUCUAAAUUGAGCUGUACAAUAGAGCUGAAUGUACCACAGUGUUUAAAGAGUGUGCCUUACUGUAAGUAUGGCAGCAAUACAGGUACUAAUACAGAGAAGUGUUUAUUAAAAGGAGAAGCCAAAAGUA